GGCUCACAUCCUCCGUGCGGAAGGGACUUGGGAGUCCAGGAAAGAUGAAAAUGACUGGCCCCCUUCCCCACAUCCUCCCUUCCCUCAGCUUUGUUGGAGGAGCCUCCAUUGAGCUUGGGCAGCGAGGAAGUGGGAUCAGGAGGGGCAGGGAGGGCGGGAACCCUAGGGGCAGCUCUGGAAUGAAGUUUUGCGUUUCUAGCAUCUUCUCGCACCCCUCUCCCCCCCGCCAAAAAAUAAAAUAAAAUAAAAUAAAACAAAACAAAAUCUGCUCCCGGAAUUCCACCCUGGAGGCGUCGACCCCAGGAACCCUUUGUCGCCUCGGGGACUCACAGGAGGGAUUGCCCCCCACCGGCCGGACACUGGCUCGACUGUAUGGUAGCACGUGAGCUGUUGAUACAGGGGCCCUUCGCGACUCCAAACUCUGGACGCUGUUGCUAAUAGGUGCUGCCCAUCUGUCGACCGCUAAAGCCAUGUCCACCACUGGCUGGCUGGCCCUUUGAGCGUUCGCUGAGGAAAGCGGGUCCCGAGUCAGUUAGGAGCCUGACAGCUGGCCUAGAAAAGAGAGGACUAAUUCUGUGGCGGGGGUCUGACUUUUCCUGGGAAAAAUAACUUCAGGCAUACAUCUAUUUGAUCUGGCUCAUGGAUAAGUAAAGGACUAUUGUCAAAGACGAAGGGAGGUGUAGAGUCUUUCCCACACUCCUUGUCAUCUUAAAAAUACAAAGACCUCUUGUCGAUAUGGGCUGCCUUGAACUGGCCUUCCGGGGGCCCGGGAACGGGGCCAGUUGGGGGAGGCCUGGGGUUGCAGGUAACCCGGGGCUGGGAGUCAGCUCUAGCCGCCUCAAAAGCCCGCUCUCUCCCCGACUCCGUGGCGCCGGAGCUAGUGCGUGGGAGCUGUUUGGGCCCUUCCGCCGGCGGGGACCCUCGGGUUCCCAGGGACGCCUUGGCCCGGCGGUCUUUGCCGAGCUCCGGCUCCUCGCGGCCGCCCCAGCCCGAUUCCCCGGUCUAGAAAGCCCAGAGUUGGCCACCGCCGUGCCCUGCCUCGCCCCAGGGCCCCUCAGGCCCCCAAUCCGGAGACGGAAGCGGCGAACAGGAACCCGCAUCCGCCUUUCUUCGCCCUUGGGGAUCAGGGAGGCAUCUCCGGAUCCCCCUUCUGCCUCUUUACCAGCUUCCUUUCUCCCUUUUCUCCCCACUGCGCACGGUCCCCCUGGAGCCAGAAGGACCUGUGCCACCCGGCGCUCGAGGCGCGCAGCCCUCCGGGAAGACCAUGCCCACGCCACCCGGCUGCCUCCAGUGGGCGCCCGCAGGACCCAGGAAUUUUUUUUUGAAGGCUUCCAGCAUCCCGAGUUAGCAGUACAGAUUUUUUUUUCAACAAAGGAACACUACAUCAACACUUUUGCACAGGAUCUGAACACAGAAAAGACUCCUGUUUCAAGAAUUCAGCCCUCUCUCCCAAAGUCUAAUUUAUAUGCAUUUUUAACUCACUAGAUAUUGAAAACCACCUAAGUGCCCCACAAUAUGGGGAUAAACUAUAAUCAAUCACUCAGUGUAAUAUUAUACAUCAUUUAAAGCUGUUAUUGGAAAAUGUUUUAUGAUCUGUAAGCUGAAAUAAUCCUCUCCCACCAUUUCUUUUGUCCUGCUGCUCCCCCAUAGCCAAGCUUCUUUAUUCCAGUUGGCAUGUAAACUUGUUUUUCCUGCCAAAUGAGUCAGUUGCGAUGGGAACGUCAAUUGACUUGAACAGAUGUGUGUCAAUGUUACUUCAAAAACUAGAUGCCAGUAACCAGGGCCACAAGACAGGCAGUGAUGGCAACUCUGUAAAAAGUGCUGGGAGAUGGAAUGAUUGUAUGCUGCUUUUGAUUUCCCUUAAUAUGGGCAACUAUCCAAUUAAAAACAACAACCUAAU